AUUUUAAACUAUAGUUAGAAUAUAGCUUGUUAAUAUUUUGUACAGCGCAUAGAGAUUUCCUUAUUGAUUCUGUUGUCUAGUCUAUAUAUAUCGUUGAAAGGUGUAUCUCGAGAAACACAACCAUCUUACUCUACAUUUCCCAUUUUUGAGACUCCUAAAUCAUUUUAACCUUCUUCCUCAAUCGUGACCAUCACCAAUGACGCUACACGUCAUUGAGACUGCCCGAGUCACCCCCACCGACUACUCAGUCAUCAACUCAGCCAACUUGCACAAACUUCCUUUAACUUUCUUCGACCUUCCAUGGCUACUAUUCCAGCCAGUCAAAAGAGUCUUCUUCUACGAGCUCACCGAGUCUACUCGUGACCAUUUCCACUCCAUUAUCCUCCCUAAGCUCAAGGACUCUCUGUCCCUUAUCCUCCGUAACUAUCUCCCUCUCACUGGCCACAUCACUUGGGAGCCAAACGAGCCAAAACCGAGCAUAAUCGUCUCGGAAAACGGCGUCGUUUUGGUGACUAUAGCCGAGAGUGACGCUGACUUUUCUCAUCUUUCCGGUUAUGGACAGCGUCCUUUGUCAGAGUUACAUGCCUUGGUUCCCAAGUUACCGGUUUCUGAUGACUCAGCGACCGCUUUCUCCAUACAAAUCACGUUGUUUCCUAACCAAGGAUUCUCCAUAGGUGUUGCAGCACACCAUGCUGUUUUAGACGGGAAAACGUCAAGCACUUUUAUCAAAGCUUGGGCUCAAAUCUGCAAACAAGAACUUCAAAGCAUGCCGGAGAAUCUAACUCCGUCUUAUGACCGGUCUUUGAUCAAAUAUCCGACCUAUCUUGAUGAAAAGAUGAUAGAGUUAGUGAGAUCUCUCAAAGAGGACCAAACCAACAUCAGAAGCUUGACUUCGCUUCCCUCUAGUAAACUCGGAGACGAUGUCGUGUUAGCCACGCUAGUUCUCUCUCGGGCUGAUAUUGAGAGACUUAGGGAACAAGUCAAGAACGUGUCACCGAGCCUCCACUUGUCGACUUUUGUCAUUGCUUACGCUUACGCGUGGACUUGUUUCGUGAAGGCACGUGGAGGUAAUAAAGACAGAUCAGUGAGUCUCUUGUUCGUAGGAGAUUUCAGAGACCGGUUAGAUCCGAAGCUCCCGGGGACUUACUUCGGAAACUGUAUGAUUCCGGUGGGCUGUUAUAACCGUAAGGCGGCGGAGUUUAUGGAAGAGAAGGGAUUUGUGACGGCGGCUGAGAUUAUUAGCGAUUUGGUGAAAGGGUUGAGUUCAAGAAAGAUAGAGACCAUUGCGGACACUUUCGUGGAAGGAUUUAGUUUUCAGAGUUGGAGUACACAGUUUGGGACGAUAGCCGGGUCGACCCGGUUGGGAGUAUACGAGGCGGAUUUCGGGUGGGGAAGACCCGUUAAAGUUGAUAUUGUCUCCAUUGACCAAGGAGAAGCGAUCGCAAUGGCUGAGAGACGUGAUGAGUCAGGUGGCGUUGAGAUUGGAAUGUGUUUGAAAAAGACUGAAAUGGAUUCGGUCGUGUCUUUUUUCAACAAUGGUUUACAUAGCUAAACUCUUGUUUUGUAAGAUUUUAAUAAUAAGGUAAUGCUUGGUUAGUUAUUCUUGUUUUUUUCUCACAAGAAGUAUUGGGCAUAAUUCUCCACUAAUAAAUAAGUUUAAAUAAA